UGAACACUCUCUCGUCCACAUUGGGAGAUCCUCUCUCUCUCUCUCUCUCUCUCUACAGAGUCUCCGCCCUUACGUACACAUAGAUCUACUCUACGAUUUCAAGGGUUUAUUUCAAAACCCUGACUUCAAAUUCAGGGGGUUUUCAUUUCCGACCCCCAAUUUUAAGAGGUAGGGUUUCACAAAUGCAACACUGAGUAUCUAUAAUGGGCGUUCCGAUUUUAUGUAUAGAAAAAUGAAUAAGGAUCAAGAGCAACCGGAUUUCAGUGGCAAAUUUCACACAGUACAACCACUUCGUGAUCUCGAAUCGAAUUGGGCCGUAGAUCUCGCCAAAAACCUCGAGGAAUAUCUCCUCAAGAUUUGCACCGGUGAAAUCACUGGCGAAGAUGAUGGUUACCUCUCUGUGAAUUUCGCGGAAGCUGCGCUGCUGCUCCAGGGUUCAAUUCAGGUCUACAGUAGGAAGGUCGAAUAUCUUUAUACUUUGGUUUUACAUGCUUUGGAGUUCAUUUCUAAGAAAAGCCAGCAAGAUCAUCAACCAGAGAGCACGCCAGACCAAGCAGAAGAAAGUGGUUGGCAUGCUGUUGCUGAUGAAGAAAAUGAUCCAUUCUGGGGCUUAGAUGAUAUUCCAGUGGAAGCUAAGAACUCCCUAGAUAGUGUAACCAGCAGAGAUGAUCCAUUAAAUCACUUUGUGAAGCCCCCUGCAAAUCUAGUUGUGCUUGAAGGCGAUUGCUUAGAUGCUACUGGUGAUGGUGGGGAAUUAGAGUCCUAUCUGUUAGUCACCAACGAUCUUUACCGGGACUUUAUCCUAUUAGACCCAUGUGAUGCGGUGGCAGUUAAUGAUUUUAUAAAGGGUGAUUAUAAAGCUAGUAAAUGGCAGAAUAGUGUUCGUGGAGUCAGCUCUUUGAACUCUAAAUAUCGCAAGAGCUUUCAGUCUCCAGCAAAACAUUCUGGGGGAACUGACCAAAGGUCAUCUGUUGGAAAGAACAAGGAUGCUAAACUCAAUCAAUCUCCUUUGGUUGAUCAUUGCUUUCUAUUUAAUGAUUGUAAUACUGGGUCCUACCCUGCUGCUGAUAUUCCAGAAGACAAUAAUUCGGGGUUUGAAAUGGAUAAUGGGUAUACAGAGCCUAGGGACUCGGAUGAUGAUGAUAAUGAUGAUGAUCCAUGGAAACCUUUGAAUCCCCAUGAACCUGGGAAUUUGAAAGUAAAACCUUAUAAAAAAGUGAAAGCCGUUAGAAGGGAGGGAGUAAAUUCCAGUCAACGAAUUCCUCUAACUACAGAGUUUCCUCUUGCAAGACUGCAUGGUCCCAUUAGUUCCGAGCUUAGUGAAAUGUGGGAGAAGAAACGUCGUGCGUUGGAAAAACAACAGGAAUUACAAUCUCCUCCACUGUAUGAGAAGCUGCGACAAUCUCUUGUUCAUGGAGAGCAAGAGAAUUGUGCCACGUUUUGGAAUUUUAAGGAUGACAAUGUGGACAAUGAUACUGGGACCCCUGACUUUGACAUGCCUGAGGGUACACACAUAGACGAAGAAGGACCUCUACACCCUGAAAAGCAUAAUGAUGGCAAUGCUCACUUUGAUGCCAAUGAAGAUUAUGGUCUUGAAGAUCCUCAUGCAAGCCUCGAAGAUCUUUGUCGCUCUCACCUGGAUUCUCUCCUUGCUAGCAUUGCUGAAACUGAGAAGCAAACCGAAGUGGCUGCUCGGGUUUCAACUUGGAAACAGAGAAUUGAGCAGAGCUUGGAAGAGCAAGACUCGCGCCCACCAUUUGAUAUUCAUGAAUAUGGUGGAAGAGUAUUGGAUAGGCUAUCACUGGGAGCAGACAGUGGAAAUGCCAUGUCAUUUGCAGAUGUCUGCGGUCAAGAGAAGCAUGAUAUUGCACGGACAUUUUCUGCACUUCUGCAAUUGGUGAACAACGGAAAUGUAGAUUUGGAAAGGGCUGGUAGUGAUUCUGAGUCCAAGUGUUACACGGCUGCAAAUCCCUUCUAUGUCCGGCUUCUUAGGCAUGACAAGAGACGGGAAGAAGUGCUGGUUCAAUUGUCUAAGAAGAGAGCUAAAUCUCCUAUGAGGAAAGGAUAUACUGAAGGUGAGAGGAACAAGUCUGGAAAAGAGAAUUGUCCCGUUGUUCGUUCAUCACCUUCAGGAUCUACCUCACCAGAAAUGUCAUCACAACUGAACUGCAAUUUCUCAGUAAAGCUAGGAAAACUUGGUGGUGCUAGGCACACUCCUGAAGGUAAGAGGAGACGAAGGUCCCGAUUUGUUGAACCAGUGGACCUGCAUUCUAUUAGGUGACACGGAAUACUUUGCAAGGUACCGCGCUAUAUCUUCUGGGAGGAAUUGACAUCUCCCUGGCUGAAUGGCUUGGAGAAGAAGGAAGGUUAUCUGAACAGUGUAAUUCUAAAGAUACUAACAACAAUAGGCAAUUGUUCCUUAACUUAAUAGUAGUUAGAUUUAUUUAUAGCUCAAGAAGCUUGUAACAUGUUUGGUAAUGCAGAGUUUAUUCUUCUGUAUUGUACACAAGAGUCUUAUAUUGUAAUUGUAAUACUUGCUCCAUUUCAAUCUUAGAUGCAUAUUCUGG